AUGAAGGAGCUCAAAAUGAAAAUGCUGUAUGAAGCAAGCAUGAGGGGAUGUGUAGCCACCUUGAACACAUUGAUUCAAAAUGAUCCCUUCAUUCUCCAUAAAAUUUCACUCACUGCCUUCGCUGAAACUCCCUUACAUAUCUCAGUUUUGCUUUUUCAUGUUGAGUUCAGUAAGGCUCUUGUGAACCAAAAGCCUCAACUUGUCACAGAGUUGGACACUUUCAAACGCUCACCUCUUCACUUAGCUUCUGCUGAGGGCCACACUGAAGUUGUCAAAGAGUUGUUGCAAGCAAAUAAGAAUAUGUGCUUGCUUGCUGAUCAAGAGGGCAGAAUUCCUCUCCACUUGGCUGCAAUGAGAGGGAGAGUUGAGGUGAUACAAGAGCUGAUAAGUGCAAUACCUAAGUCGGUCUUUGAGAAACUCCAUGGAGAAACAGUUUUACACUUGUGUGUUAGGUAUAAUCAUCUGGAUGCUCUGAAAAAAUUGGUGGCAUCAGGUGAUGAUAAGGAGUUUCUCAACUCCAAAAACCUUGAAGGCAACACUGUCUUGCAAGUCUCUGCCAUGUUGAAGCAAUUUGAGACUACAAGCUACUUGCUUUCAGUGCCAAAAAUAAGAGUAGAUGUCAACUCCUUGAUCAAAAAUGGCUUUGAAGCCUUUGAUGGUAGCUCCACAAAUGGCAUACCUCUAAACAAUAUACAGAAAAUCUUAUUUACCGAGACAAUGACAAAAGUUCAAAGCACACAAUCAGUCACCAAAGUUCAAAGCACACAAUCACCGAAAAAAUCAAAAGCUUCUCUCAGGAAAGAAGCACAAGCUCUUGCAGCACCAUCACUAACAUUCAAAUACUGGAAAAAGUUACUGAAGUACAAGAGUGAGUACUUUGAAAAAACAAGAGGCAACUUGAUGGUGGUGGCCACUUUGAUUGCAGGCAUGAGUUUCCAAGUGGCGACAAAUCCACCAGGUGGUUACUGGCAAAAUGACACAACCAAUGAAAAAGAUCAAAGCUGCCCAAAGGGAAAAACAUGCACAGCUGGAACUUCAGUACAUGCAUAA